AGCGUCGCCCCACCACAUCCAGUCGUACUGCGAAUGCCACGCCGGGAGCUUCGUAUUUGCGGUAAUUCGGGUCUUUUCGUUCUACCAGUAAAUCGAACCUCAUUGUCACGACAGCGGAUGUUCCUUCGGCGAAGCCCGCGUAACGAGUCACCGUAGAACCGUGGUGAAACAUUGACGGUUAACGCGGUUCCAGCUCGUUUCGGCAAUAGUUGUCGCACAGCUGUCGCUCGUUUUUCCCCGUAGACCGUCCACCGUUACCGUGCGACACGAAGGGAAAAGCUUCGUAAACCGAGCAUUGUGUUUGAGGGAUUUCACCGUUUUCCGCUCAUUCGCUGAUCACGAAUCGAAAAGGAGAGUGUGGGAAAGUGCGCGAACUGGAGAAAUCGCGAUGCGACAGACCAGGGAGAUGCUCGUUUUGGAGUGGAAACGGCAACAGGAAGGGCAAGACGUUCGAGGAGCAAGAUAGACGAAAAUAGAAGGUAUCCGAAGGAAAGAACGGCCUGCCGUCGGCCGCCUGUUUGUUGUGCCCGUACAAAUCGCGUUGAGAUUUCCUCGAGAACGAGCUGGCAAAGGGACGACGGUGACAUUGUCGGGUGAUUUCUUGAAAGGAGCGCGCGGUUUUUACUUCGUGUACCCGUUCAACGGUUGACGACGUUCGUUGUUUACCAACGAUAGUGUUGUUAGGACGAGGAUCCGUCGGGUAGCCGAGGAGGGAGGGAUAGAACGGUCGGUGAAGGUACAGGAGCACAGGACACAGAGGAGAGCGCGUGUUCGCGAGUUUAAAAAGGAAGGUGGAACGAGUCGUAGAAAAGCGAGGUAAGGAGUAACGGGAAGUGGGCGAGCGAGAUGCAUUCCAGAUGGACGAUGACGCCGCGCGGUCAGUAAGAUUGGCGUGGUUCCUCUGUCGUAUCGCGCUUACCCGUCACUGUCGUGUCAGGACGUAUCGACGAUCGGGUGGGUUAUGACGCGCGCUUAACGCGAUCCGUGCACGAAUAGAAGCGAGCGUGUGUCGAAGGUGCACACAACAUGGAGUCCGACACGGCGACCGACUGGCCGUCGACGAGGAAGGGCUCCUUCGUGACGUCGAUGCUGAGGAAAUUUCAUAAGGAUUCCUCUCGAACGGAGGGUGCAACGCUCAAUUGGGCAAUGUGCGCCCUCUGUGUUAUCAGCCUGGCCGUGUCCGGUUUACUGAUGUACAGGGAACUAAGAUUGGAGUCGAGAAUCGCCAGCCUGGAGACCCGCUGUCAGCGUCAGGAAAUGCCAGACGUCCUUAUCCAGAGGCUGAAGAGGGAGGUUCAGCAGCAGAUCAAGGUGCAUCGGUACACACCGGAGUUGAACGCCUUUCGGAUCAAACGAGACGUUUCCGAGUGCAAAUGUCCACCAGGUCCUCCGGGCGCGGAAGGAAAAAGGGGGAGGAGAGGGAAGAAGGGCGACCCAGGGAGUCCAGGCCCUCAGGGCGUGGCCGGGACGCCGGGCAAGAAUGGUUUUCCGGGACCCAUCGGGAUGGACGGACCAAAGGGUGAGCAGGGCCGAGAGGGCGAGAAGGGGCAGAAAGGCGAACUGGGAAGUCCAGGGUUUGACGUCUUUUCUGCAGUAAAGGUCAAUGCACAGGGAUUAGGGUUAAAGAGGUCGGUGACGACGCUCCGCGGCGGGACGCUCGGCUAUGCGGAAAUCGUCGCUCUGAAGGGAGAGCCAGGAGAACCUGGGCCGCCGGGGCCACCGGGCCCCCCAGGACCCGAAGGGCUUCCUGGACACGAAGGCAGGCAAGGAGUUCCAGGCGACGCCGGCCCGUCAGGCGAAAAAGGACCACCAGGACCGAUCGGACCGAUUGGUCCGCCUGGAACGCCAGGGCUUCAGGGUGCCAAGGGUGACAGGGGCGAUAAAGGCGACCGUGGUUUAACGACGUCCAUAUCCGGCGAACCGUUUGCAACUGGAGUAUUCGAAGGACCUCCUGGUCCUCCAGGACCACCUGGGCCCAAGGGCGAGAACGGGGAGCUGGGUCUGACGGGACCACCCGGGCCGCCGGGAGAGAAGGGUGCCCGGGGAAAGCAAGGGAAGAGGGGUUUCAAGGGUGAAAGCGGUGUGGCAUUGAUGAGAGGCCCACCCGGUCUACCGGGUCCGAAGGGUGAACCCGGUGAACGGGGUUACCGAGGCGAUAAAGGCACCACGGGAGACACGGGCUCACCAGGACCGAAAGGAGAACAAGGACACCCCGGUACGCCUGGUCUCCAAGGAAAGGAUGGAGAAGUUGGUAUCCAAGGUCCCCCAGGAUUGCCAGGUAUAUCUGGGCCUAAAGGUGACAAAGGUGAAUACGGUGAUAUCGGACCGCCGGGACUUAUGGGCCCUCCAGGUCUACCUGGUCCUCCGGGCUACCCAGGUUCGAAAGGUGAAAAGGGAGAGAAAGGCGAAUCGAAAUACAAAAAGCUCAGACGAAGGCAGGGUGACGGCACGUUCGAGGUGAAUGCCGGCGAAAUGAUAAUGGGGCCACCGGGACCACCCGGUCCAGCUGGCACUCCUGGACUUCAGGGUCCACCUGGCAUCAAGGGCGAUCGAGGACACGAUGGCGCUAAAGGCGAUCCUGGAGAGAAGGGUGCCAAAGGAGAUCCGGGUCCAAUGGGACUGCCCGGCCCCAUGGGACUUAGAGGAGAAUCCGGAAAACCCGGGGAUUCCGGGAAACCUGGUGUCAUGGGACCACCAGGAUUAGACGGCAUGAAGGGCGCACAGGGAGAGCCAGGCAUAAAGGGAGAAAGGGGGGACCCUGGACUGCCCGGUACUGAUGGAAUUCCUGGCACGGAGGGACCGAACGGAGAGAAAGGUGCUACAGGCGAACCUGGACCGGCGGGGAAACGCGGCAAGAAGGGUGAUAAAGGAGACAAAGGAGAUCAGGGUGUUCCAGGACUGGACGCGCCGUGUCCAUUAGGCGCGGACGGACUUCCCCUGGCUGGAUGCGGCUGGAGACCACCUCAGGACAUCACUAGCACCUCAGUGCCAGCUGUUGAAGGCCCUGAGCCAGCUGAGACGGAUUACGACGAGCAAGAAGAGGAGGAAUAUGGAGACUACGCGGACCCAAACGGAAACCAAACCGAGCAAUAAAUGCUCGUUCUGCGCUGUUCUAAUCACCACCAACUACUACCACCACUACCACUACCACCACCAAAAACCACCACCGCCAUCGCCCUCAUCACUCGUCUCACCUUGCUCUCCCAAACUAACGUGGUCCUGGGAACAAGCAACAUUCUUCACGAAUGGCUGGAAGAGGAAAGAGAGGCGGCGGAGGAGGGGCAGUGAUUACAGUUUAAGGAGAUAGCGCAUAUUUUCAAGGACCUCCGUGUAUAUUCCAUUGUGAAAGUACCGACUCAUCCGAUUCGACGUGAAAAAAAUGAACCGAGUUAUUUAAGAAAGAAAAUAUAUAUGUAUAUUACGCAUAUAUAUAUAUUUUUUUGCAUAUAUAUAUAUACACAGAUAUGUAUGCUGAACUAAUCAUCUUGCCAUCAAGUGUUGUAAAUAAGUGUACUUACAGUGUUUAGCGUCCGCAAAUAGUGCGUGUACAUAAAUAUUUAGAGCUUAUUACCGCUCUGACGCGGUUAGAACAAUAUCGACAUAACUUUAUCGACGAUUUGUAAACGAUAAGUGUCUAUAACUUGUAAGUUACUUUAUUUCUAAGGAAAGUAAGAAAAAAAGCAACAAAAAAAAAAAAACGAAACGAUUUACCGAAUUACCGAAGCAUUCGCACAACAUAUUACGUGAUAACCGAUAACGAAUACGAAAGAUUAAGUAAUUUAUUGAUCGACCAACACCGUUGGAUAAACAAUCGCGUGAUGGUUUUUUUUUCAAAGUGCUACAUGUUACUGCGUGGGAAAAACUUAUUCCCCAUCGUGUCUGUGCGUUUGUUACAAAAGUGUGUUUCAUGGAAGCACACAAUGGGACAAUAUUACGAACGGGAGAGAUGGAUAAGUAAAUGAACAUUAGGUAACCGUGGAUUACCAACCAUCGUGAUACAUAUUGCUUCCUAGAAAUACCAAACGUCGUAAUACACAUUUUCUCAGCUAUCGAUGCAUUCGUAAAAAGAAAAAAAAAAGGUGAAUAAUUAAGUAAAAAAAGAAAAAAAGAUGAAUGGUUCAUAUGCGUCACCUCCAGAAUUGAUUUUACUGGCAUUAAUACGUUGAAUUAGGUGUUACCUGACGAAACGCACUUUCAGAAAUAUCAUUAGUUUUAACGUCUAUUUAGGUAAAUUUUAAUCAGCAUUAUUUUUCAUGCGUUAAUUUAUUUUUUAUUGAAAUGCAACACAAUUACGAUAUUAUGUAUUUAUACGUGGUCGUGUUAAUAAUUAAUUUUUAUUGCAUAUCGCUAUGUUCUUAAGAUUAUCAUUUUUUUUUUAAAUAACGUUACUUUCGAAUGGUUCGAAUUUUUACUUCCUUAAAUUUGGAUACAACUUUGAAUCAUCACUUUCAAAUUGAAAAUGCUCUUCCAUUGUGAAAAUGAUGGAAUGCAUUUCGUUUUUAGCGGAAAACAAUUGUCACUUAUUUUCCUAUGUAGUACGUAAUACGUAUUAUUCUGCGAAGAAUGCAUGUAUGCGUACCUGUGUAAUUUUGUUGCCUUUGGCAUAUCGUGUAAAGUGCACAUUUUUGCACGGUCGCAAAACACAAUUUUUAUACGAAUAUCAGUUAAUAACGCAUAUCUUUAUGUAAUUUUCAUUUAGAUUAAUAAUAACGCUAGUUGUAAAGCAAAGGAGUAACGUGUACACAUUGUCAAUAUUACCAGGUAUUGUAAAAUAAAAUAUAAAUGUAUAUCCGAAAUGUUCUGCCGUUUU